GGCUGCCAGAGCCCGGGUCAGGGCUUUUAUUGUGAAAGGAGCUCCCCCUCCCUAGCUUUCGGGGAAGUGGGGAGGCUGGGCCGGGACGCACAGCAGGGACUUCGCAAACUCUGCAAACGCCCCUAGUUGAACGCGGAGGCUCCCGGCUGUGGAACGGCUCCUGCAGAACCUCAGAUCCUCAGAUGACACGCAGACUCCUCGUGCAUUCUCCCGGAGCUCCUCUAACAACCCCACCUGCAGAGCAUCCCCGAGCGCGCUGCGCACCCAGGAGUCGCGGGGCCACUUGGCUGCUGGGAAGCUGUGGACGUCCCGUCCGGGAAAGCCGCGGAGAGUCACGGAGCAAGUGGCGACCCCGGGGCGGUGGGAUGAGCCGGAGAGCCAGCUGAGAGCUCCCAGAAGCGGGCCCAGCCACUGCGGGGGCCAUGGCGUCUUGGCUCUGGAGAAAGCUGCGUGGCAAAAGGCGGCUGGUGAUGGCAUUCUGCCUCCUGAUGACUCUGUCUGCGGUGGCUGUCACUCGCUUCCCCCCACAGCAUCCUGCUACUGGCCCAGACCCUGGUCCCAUGGAGCCCCAGGAGGUAAUGGGUGCCCUUGGCCCCCACAGCCGGCAGGCUCUGAGCUCCAGCUGGAGGCAGCGGGCAAGAGACCUAGGGCUCUGGAGAGGCUGGGCCUUGCCUAGCCCCAUGUGUGCUGGGGAGCAAGGCCACAGAGGGCCAGUGGACAGAAGCAGGAAGGCCCUGGGAGGGGACAGCAGGCAUCCAGGGAGGGUCAGGAGGGACAUUACUUUGGCAUCUCUAGGAGAUUUGAGACUCAGUACCCGGCGUCUUGUGCUCCUGGGGGAGGAUGAAGUUAGGAGUCCAGGAGCCAAAGACUUGGGUCCCCCCUGGCAUGAUGGUCUCAUCAGAGAGGCACAGAAUGAAAUUGGCACCCUGGUUGGCCCCCUCACAGGACAUGGCAUGACAGCUUUACAGGCUUGGAAAGCUACCGCUGGACCGACCCUCCGGUCCCACCCAGCAGAAGGCAGGAAUCUUCCAGGAUUGACUGGUGGGCGACAAACGGGGCAUCCCACACCAUCUGCAGGGGCUCGUCGGUGGCCUGGCUCUGUUGGGGAGCUGCAAGGAUCUGUCUGGUGUGAGGCUGAGACCCCUGGUCUGUUGCCCGGCUUGAGGACCAGUGGGCAGGCUCCCCCAUGGCUCACAGAGCAUGAUGUGCAAAUGCUCUGGCUGUUGGCCCAGGGGGAGGUGGUGGGCAAAGCCAGGGUGCCUGGCCAUGGGCAGGUGCUGCAGGUUGGCUUCUCCAAUGCGGGUGCCUCUCGGGACAUGUCUUCUGGGCUCAGCCAUCUCUGCUCCCAGGGACUCUGCGGCCUGAUCAAGAGGCCUGGGGACCUGCUGGAGGUCCUGGCCUUCCACGUGGACCGGGUGCUGGGGCUGCACCGGAGCCUACCUGCUGUGGCACGGAACUUCCGGAGCUCCCUGCUGCCCUACCGAUACACAGAUGGCAGCACAAGACCCGUCAUCUGGUGGGCGCCCGAUGUGCAGCACCUGGGUGACCCAGACGAUGACCAGAACUCUCUGUCCUUGGGCUGGCUCCAGUACCAGGCCUUGUUGGCACGUGGCUGCAGCUGGCCAAGCCAGGCCCCCUGCCUGGGCCUCCACCACGCCGAGUGGGCACGCCUGGCACUCUUCGACUUCCUGCUGCAGGUCCAUGACCGCCUGGACCGCUACUGCUGCGGCUUUGAGCCCGAGCCGUCAGACCCCUGCGUGGAAGAGGGGCUCCGGGAGAAAUGCCAGAACCCGGGCGAGCUGCGACUGGUCCACAUCCUGGUCCGGAGCAGUGAUCCAUCCCAUCUGGUCUACAUCGAUAACGCCGGCAACCUUCAACACCCCGAGGACAAGCUGAACUUUCGGCUGCUGGAGGGCAUAGAUGGGUUUCCUGAGUCUGUUGUGAAGGUUCUUGCAUCAGGGUGUCUACAGAAUAUGCUGCUCAAGUCACUGCAGAUGGACCCAGUGUUCUGGCAAAGCCAAGGCGGGAGACUGGGACUGACGCAGGUUCUCCAGACCCUGGAGCGGCGAGGACAGGUGCUGCUGGAACACAUCCGGAAGCACAACCUGACACUCUUCCAGGAUGAGGACUCGUGAGCUUGUGCAUUGCCCAGGCAGAGCUCCUGCCUCACUGGCGGGGUGCAUCACAACACCACUCGAGUGGAUGAGCAUCCACGCUGGUGGCCACAUUCUCUUGGCCCCCCCCCCCAACUUGAAGACAAAUGGGAAAAGCCAGAAUGUCACAGAAUGUGUCACCUGCUUGGGAUGGUGAAGGUGGUUGUGGGUGUUGGGUGUUCAGUCUUACCACAGUCCUUUCUGUCUUUUCAGCUCUGGCUGUUUACUCCCUUGCACCAAUAAAUAUUUUCAAGAACAUUCUAUGAACCGCUCCAGAUACUGUAAAAUUGUGCAUCCCACACGCAUAUAUAGAGUGGAUGUGUGAGUGCCUGUGUGUGUGUGUGUGUGUGUGUGUGUGUGUGUGUGUACACACGUGUGUGUGAAGUUUCUGGCUGAAAACACCAAGCCAGAAUCUUCAGAAUCUUGUCAGUAAGCAAGGCCCCAAGCUUCCAACAAGCACUUUUGUGUCCUGAUGUGAACAGGUCUGCUCAGCAGAGAUCAGUGGAUACAUAAGCAGACACUGUGUGACCCCUCCCAGCUCACUCAGUGCAUGUCAACCACCCCUGGCACUGGAGGACAGGGCCCAGCUCUCUGAGCUUAGCCCACUCAGCAAGACACCAUCCCUAGCCCUCCCCUCAGCACUGGCCUCUUCCUCCUUCCGGAACGGUAGGGGGCGGGGGAAGCCUCCAAGCCCAGCUCUGCCCAAGUCCACAGAACUCCAGGGUUGGGCCCCAUGCCCCUGGGCCAUCCUCAGUUGAGAAUGGCUCCAGCUCGGGGGCACAGGCCUCUCGCUGUUCCUCAACACAUACCCCUUCAGUCCCUAGCUUCCACCUCAGAAAGUCUUGUUAAAUAUAUGCACCCUUAACACCCUUAAUUUUUUUUUUUUUUUUAUUUUGAUUUUCAGAGGCCUGGAUUUGAAUGCAGGAGCUCUGGGUUCAGAUCUGGCCUUGGCCACUUAAUGGUUAGCAACUGACAAGUGUUUAUUGAGCACCUGCUAGAGUAACUAGUAACGUUUACUGAAUGAUGACUACGUACCAGUCGCCGUGACAGUGGUUUAUGUGGAUCAAGGCACACCUAACCUCGCGACAACUCGACGGAUCAAGAGCCUCAGCUGGGGAGGGAGUACAUUGCCCGUGGCCAGACAGAUGGAGGUGGCAGAGUCUGCCCAUGAACCUGGGAGCGCUACCUGGCAUGAAGUGAAUACGGAUGGUGGUCUGCACUGUGCAAAGGAGCUGUACCGUGUUCCUCGUCGCAAAACCUCGAAAUAACUCCAUAAGCAGUGGAGCCGCUUUUCCCCGUGUGGCCCGAGAACCUCCCGGACCCGACUCUGCUCCUG